GUGGAAAUAUGAUAGAUCCGGCCAUUCAUUCACCUCGCCGAAACCACACCUUUGUCGGUUCCAAUCAAGUCCUGCAAGCAUGGCUCGUUGUCACUUUUCUGUUACUAUAUAAGAAGCGCGGACAUCCUCUAUAUCUUCAUGGAUCCAGUGAUGAGCGCAAGUGCGAUUGCGAUGCAGCAUCGAGCCCCUCAAGCCUGUACAUCAUGCAGGAGGCUCAAGAGGAAAUGUGUCUUUAACCCAGCCUUAGGCAUCUGCAACCGGUGCUCCGAGACUAGUAGAUCAUGCGUGUACGCUGAGGUCAAUUCGACCGCUCCGCACGAUGAUUCCGUCGCUGUCGUCCAUCACAAUGUAUCCACCACGUCCAUGAAUGCUGGUGCGCGACCAAGACUUAUGCUUCUCGCGCGGCACUCACAUCCCUCCACAGAUGCUUCUGGUCACCUGGAUGCCUCUCUCCAUCAGGGCAAUCCCUUGUACCUGGCCACGUUUAGUACCUUACCAGUCCCAUCCGGCUGGUUGAAUGAUUAUGGUCAGCCGAAUGUGUCAGUACACUUUCCUUUCCGUAUUCCUGUGCUGAAUGUCUUGUCAGACUAUCCGAUGGAAGUCACGCGGUUGACAUGGGUCCAGGGAGUGGAGGCAUGUCUGCUUACCCAUCAACCCAUCCUGGCGGACAGGGUUAAUAAUAGCCGGUCGGCUAGUACGCUGAUGCUACCCUCCUUGGCCAAUGCCACGACCGUGCAGAUAUGACGCGGACUUUUAUGACUGCUGCAGCGGUGUUCUUCGAUCGAAUGGACAGUUUUGAGUUUUGAGUUAUGUACCUACUUACCUUGUCGUUGCAUGCUUCCCUAGCUAAGAUUUGAACGAUGUUUUUCCCCUUAUCAAAUCUCCAUACCUCAUGGGAGUCAGGACGAACGAACUUUCCGACUUCAAAUUAUCGCCUCCAUUUUGACCCUCGGGCGCUUGCCUGAAGAGGAAUCAUUCCUUCCUUUUGUCAGUUUAUUUGAAAAUACAAUCUGUCUAUCAAUAC